ACCGGGCAAGAUGGCGGCCCCGAGCAAGCAAUAUGGUCUUAUUUUUCCCAAGAAAGCACAACAGAAAACCUUCAUCAAACAUUCUGUCUUCAUGGAUGACUCCGAUGAAGAGACUUCAGUGGGUGAGAGUCUUCAGAGAGAAGCCCUGAAAAAGCAAGCGAUGAAACAAACCAAGCUUGAGAUCCAGAGGGCACUGGCAGAGGAUUCCACGGUAUAUGAAUAUGACAAUAUUUAUGAGGACAUCCAGCAGAAAAAGGCAGAAAGUCAUGCUGGCUCACUUCUUGCCAAAGAGGAAAAAAAGCCCAAGUACAUCCAAAAUAUCCUCAAGGCAGCUGAACUAAGGAAGAAGGAGCAGGAAAAAAGAAUGGAGAAGAAAAUACAGAAGGAGCGUGAAAUGGAAGGGGACGCAUUUGAUGACAAAGAAGCUUUUGUGACGUCGGCUUACAAGAAGAAGCUGCAGGAAAGAGCUGAAGAGGAAGAAAGGGAGAGGCAGGAGGCAGCUCUCGAGGCAUGCCUAGAUGUGACCAAGCAGAAGGAUCUCAGCGGGUUUUACAGGCACCUGCUGAACCAGUCAGUGGGAGAAGAGGAGGUGCCCAAAUGUAGCCUUCGGGAGGCCAGGGUCAAGGAAGAAAAACCUAGCAGAGAUUCCAGCGACUCCAGACAGAUGAGCAGAAGCCCAGAUGUGAAAAGAGAACCUCACAGCCCUUCGAGGGCAGACGAUAACCCAGACGUGGACAGUGAGGUGGAAACGGGUAGUUCUGAUGGGGAGGACAAUGCAGACGUUCACACAGACCACAGGAAGGGGGCCCGGCAAAGUGAAGCUGAUCCCAGCGGGGAAGAUGCCAAGCCUCGCAAGAGCCAAAGAGACUCGAGGUCAUGCAGUGAGGAGAGAGGUGGCCACUCAAAGGUGCCCGCUGCUCACCUGGAGAGGGAGGAGGGAGGAGGAAGCAGGAAGGAGAGAAAAAGGGAACCAAGGGAAAGGGACCCAGAGAGAAAACACAGAGAUCAUGACAAGGAGGAGCCCCUGAGAUCCGAGGAUCACUACAGGAGGCAAGAUGAACGGGAGAACAAACAGAGGAAGAAAGACAGGAAGGAGAGAGAAGAGUAUGACAGAGAAUCUAGGAAAGAGAGAGAGAAGUAUUCUCAGUGGCAGCAACAAGGGAAGGAAGGGCUGGCAAGCAAUAAAGACCAUGGCAAAGAUCAGGAAAGGGGAGAGAAAGGUGCCAAAGUUAGAGGGCCAAGGGAUGAGAAAGAGGAGAAGCACCCGAGGGAGAGGAAGAGCAGCAGCCCCCGGUCCUCGGUGAAAGCUGACCCCCAGGCUCUGGAAAAUGAGAGGGGAGAAGAGCAGUCGGGGGACAUAUCAGAGCUGAAACGUAAGAGUACAGGGGAGGAAACAGAGCAGGCGGAGAAACCUCCGGCCAGCCAGAACAAAUUCGCAAAGCGUAACAACGAGGAGACGGUCACCUCCGCAAGGGACCGCUUCCUGGCAAGGCAAAUGGCACGGGUGAGCACGAAAGCGUACGUUGAAAAAGAAGAGGAUUAG